UGACAUUUGAGAUAGUAAGUUAGAAUGACACAACUCUCUGAGUUAGGUUCUACGACUCUGCUUAAACUGCGACAUCUAAUCAUCAAUGGCUAAAUCUCUUUCUCUGCUCUUUCUUCGCCCAAAAUCCAUGGCUUUCUCAACAUCAACGACCUUGAAAUCUGCUCUCUCUCCCUCCCCUUUUUCCUCACAACCCACUUCUCUAAAAAAAUUCGUCUUCUCACAUUCACUGAGGUUCUUCUCCUCCCCUUCCACUCCUUACCCUCUUCAGUACGACAUGAUUAUCAACCGCCCAACUCCGUCCCCACCUGCCCAAACUCGUCGGAAACCCACCCGGCUUAGUAAAUCUGGGGCCAAUAUUUCACCUGAGCCGGACUCACCCAAAAAUCCUGGUUCAGAGAUGGGUCUUGAUUCGUGGGUCGAGCAGAAGCUAUCUGGGGAUGGAGAUAACGUAGAUAUGGAUAAGUCUAGGAGAAAGUAUUACAACAAGAGGAGAAAAAGAAUGUAUGGGUCAGAUUCUGAUGAGGAUGGUGGAAAGAAUGAAGAGGGCUUUGUAGAAUUGAUUCCUGAGGUUGUGCAGUUUCGUAGUUUGCAUAAGAGAGAGGAGGAGUUGUAUUUCUAUGAUGCAUUUGCUUAUCCAUGGGAAAAAGAUAAGCAUUACAAGAUGGUUUAUCAGUUGGAGAAGAAGUAUUUCCCUGAUCAAUGCUUCGAUAAGGCAUUCAUUGAUCCUAAAGAUUCUAAUGUGAAUUCAAAUGAGAAAACAAAAAGGAGUAGGAGUGGUAAGAUGGCAGAGAAGAGAGAUAAUGGAGUUGUACACAAACAAGAUGAUGGAAGGUUGGUGUUCUUCGACGAGAAGAAGGAUGAGAAAGAGACAAAUUCAGCCAAGGAGACUAAUAAGGAUAUCACAGAGAGGAAAGUAGAGGAGUUCUUCAAGUGUUUGAAGAAAGUCCCAAGUAAGGAUAAUGAAAUUGACAAUAGAGAACCGUACCUUGUCACGAGAAGUACCCAGCUUCCACCUACGUGGGAUGGUCCUCAUGGAACUGUGGUUUUGGUGAAUAAGCCUAAAGGAUGGACUUCAUUUACAGUUUGUGGAAAGCUGCGUCGCCUAGUGAAAGUGAAAAAGGUGGGGCACGCUGGAACACUUGAUCCCAUGGCAACUGGAUUAUUGAUUGUUUGUGUUGGCAAAGCCACUAAGUUGGUAGAUAGAUACCAAGGUAUGGUUAAGGGUUAUAGCGGAGUUUUCCGUUUAGGGGAGGCAACUUCAACUUGGGAUGCUGAUUCACCGGUUAUCCAGCGUGAGCCUUGGGAGCACAUCAAAGAUGUGGACAUAAGGAAAGCUGCUGCUUCUUUUUGUGGGGAAAUAUGGCAAGUUCCUCCAAUGUUCUCUGCCAUCAAAGUUGGAGGUGAAAAGAUGUAUGAGAAAGCUAGAAGAGGAGAAAACAUCGAGCUUUCUCCCAGAAGAAUUUCAAUUUUUCAGUUCGAAAUAGAAAGAAGUUUGGAAGACAGACAAAAUUUGAUUUUCCGAGUUGUGUGCUCUAAAGGAACAUAUAUCCGAUCACUAUGUGCAGAUUUUGGGAAGGCUCUUGGCAGUUGUGCUCAUUUAAUUGCCCUUCGAAGAGAUUCAAUUGGAGAAUACUUGGCAGAUGAUGCUUGGGAGUUCAAAGAGCUGGAAGAGGCAGUAACAAAAAAUUAUUUCUAACUGGUUGCGGCAAUGGGUUGCUCCUCAAAAUUUUGGAGCCACAGAUCCAUUAGUUUAUCAACCAAGUUUGCUCGAGGCUACAGCAAGUCUUCCAUUACACAUAAAAUACAACCUCCACAAGGUUCAAGAGCACAUGUAACAUAGUUUCCUGAACAAAGACACUUCAAAGGCCGGUAAUCAAAAUUUCAAAAUUCACUGGUCACCAGUUCAAUGAAAAUGAACUGAUGAAUGUGAAAUAAGGAUAUAUGCUUUUACCAAACUAGCCACGAAUCCAUUAUCAUCGUGGAAACUACAUAAAUAUAGAUGAGAGUUCUACUAGUAGGUUAGAUGUGGUUAUUUAUAAAAAUGUGUAUGUAGUGGCAUCAUCCCCAUCCCUCUAACGAGUUGUUGAAUUGGGAGGAUCAAUUUCCAUUGCCACAUAAUAGGCUUUCUCUGCAUUUGUCAUUCUUUCUUGAAACAUUGUCCAUUCUCUUUGACAUCUCUCCCUCACCUGAGAAACAUCAGACCUUUAGACUCUUCUCAUUGACAGUGAACAUGCACAUUCAUCAUCGUACUACUAUGCCAGAGAGAGAGAGAGAGAGAGAG